AUGAGUUUUUUGCAGUAUGAAGAUUCGGACGAAGUGGUACUGUGGAUGAACACGGUUGGACCGUACCAUAACCGUCAGGAAACGUACCCUUAUUUUUCUUUGCCAUUUUGUGCUGGACCAAAAAAGGCCAUUUCACACUACCAUGAAACUCUCGGCGAAGGGCUGUUGGGUGUGGAGCUUGAGUAUUCCGGUCUUCGGAUGCAGUUCAAAGAAGAUAUUGAGAAGACGGUAUUUUGCAGCAUGGUUUUGUACGAGGAACAUGUAGAGGCGUUGAAACACGCGAUCAAGAACUACUACUGGUAUCAAAUGUACAUCGACGAUCUGCCGAUCUGGGGACUGGUUGGAGAAUACGUUAAAACGAACGAGGGUGAGGUCUUCAAAUUGUUCACCCAUAAAAAGUUCGAAAUCGGCUUCAAUGGCAAACACAUCAUUGACGUCAACCUGACCACCGAUGACAAAAAAGAAAUCGUUGUUGGCCAAACCAUCGAAUAUACAUACGAGGUAGCGUCUGUUAUUGUAAAGACAAAUCUCACCGCGUAG